AUGAGGCGAAAACGCAUAACAUGGAGCAUUCCCCAGAAGAUGAAGCUGGAGGAGUUUUACUUGAAAGAACAGUACCCCACUCCGGCGGAAAUCCAGGCCCUUGCUGCUGAGCUGGGCAAUGUGAAAGACCAGGCGGUCAAGACCUGGUUCAGAAACAGGCGAAAAGGAGCUUUUCCGAUGAACAAGAACAAUCGGAAGAAUAUCUAUUCUUCCAAAGAUCAAAGGAAAACGAAGAAAGAUCUCUCAGUUGCUGAUGAAAAAAUGGCGCCCAACUAUCUCCAGUGGAAAAUCGAGUCUCAUUUCAACAACCAAACAUCAUCUGAAGACAGCAUUAGCGCUUCUUUGACGUUGGAGUCUUACAACUACGCGGAAAUUCCACACACCGGAUUCAUGGACUUGCUUAUGGAUACUGGAAAUCAGCUUGUUUCCCAUCUGUACGCACUGUAA